CACUGAUCUCUCCCUUUGUGACCCCAACUCCGUGCACUCUCUAUCCUUACUCGACAUGUCAUUAGAGACAUCCGAUACGCCUUGGUUCCUCAAGCUUCCUGUCGAACUUCUCCAAAAGAUCUGCCGCGGGCUUCAGGGCAUCCGAGUCGACAAGGGUGAAUCGGACAAACACUUGGCCCGCUUGGCGUUAACUUGCAGGGCGCUGUACCUCGUUGCGAAUCCUAUCCUGUGGGAGAGUCUUCCUGGUCUUGAGCCACUCCUCGAUCUCAUGCCUCCGGAAGCGUGGGAUGAGUCAGUAAUCAAGGCCAGAUAUGAGACACCAAAGGGCUCAGCCUCGAAGGCCCGUCAUUUGCCGGAUUUUUGGGCGCCUGUCCGCAAGCUGGCCGACCUUGUCAGACACAUCAGCAUUUUUCCCAUCCCUUCCAGGUACCAAACCAUGAUCAUGCUGGCGCGCCCUUCGCAGAAGCUUCUGCCACGCGCGACCAGGGUCAUUCUCGAUCAAGACAGGAAGCGCAAACUGGAGUUCAAGAAUGGCUCGAUCGACCACUACCUCAAGUUCCUGAAAUUCAUCAUACCAUUCAGCGGCAUUUUGGACCUCGACCUCAGCAUGGAUCACAUUCACACACUCGCUUUGAGGCAAGCACGCUUUCCGCAACUCGAGUCACUCAUAUGUCACACCAUCGACUUCGACAUGUGGCCGGGAGCAGUCAUCGAUGCGUUCCAGCACAGAGAUGCUCAGCUGGAUCUCGCGCGAAGUGUCACUGGCCUCCAACAUUUGCGACACCUCGACAUGCUUUUCCCCUUCGGCCCCGAUGCAGAAUUAUUUGAAGGUCUCGGACGCUUCCGGCAUCUCUCCUGCCUCAGCGUCGUGUUCGAGCCCGUUGGUCAGACCGAACAGACAGUGUGGAUCGGGCGUCGAUCAAAAUACCCUGCAGACGCCUUCCCCGCGCUCGAAUCUCUCCAACUCGAGGGCGUAUCUUUCACUGAUGCGGCAGCGCUCCUGCAGAGCUGCGCCAAGCGGCCUAGCCUACGCUACAUCGCUAUAAGAUCUGCCGGAAUGGACACUCCUGCAGCUCUCCUCGCGCUGACGGAAACGAUCAAACGGGUCUGCGAUCCUGCCGUUCUCGCGGGCGUCCACCUCCGCCGAUAUCCCCUGUCAGUGAUGAGGGACUUUGACGACUCCUCGUAUGACUGGCUGCUUACCUUCGAGCACGUCGAGCCCCUCGCUGCGCUCUCCAGCCUCGAAACCGUAGUUUUCGGCGUAUUUUGCGAGAUGACAAUAACGGAGGAACAAUGGGCGCACCUGGAACGUUGCUGGCCGAAUUUGCUCAUCAGGGAGGUGCUGAUUCUCUAAAUCUACCGAGGGUUUCCGCUCGAUUGCAACGCUCACCGCUCUCGCGACUCUGUGCACGGCGCUUGGGAGGAUAUCUUUUGAAGCGUCGAACAUUCGCCAUCCGCCGACUUCUCACAGAACUGGACACUAAGGAUCGGGCCCAAAGAUGUUGGGUAUGUUGGGGCUG